CCACGCCCACCGAGGUGACGUCCUGCUUUCGUCACCCAGCAGCUAGCGCGCCGCGGCUCCGUACUCCUUUACUUCUGCUUGCGCAGGACACACACGGCUUUUUUUUUUCUUUUGUUUUCUUGGAAGGCUAUGAUAUGCGCUGCAACAAUCUAGAGGAAGCGAUCUCCACGGUUCGAACAUAACAGGGCGACAACUCAUAUCAGGGCGACAACUCGACCACUACAUUUGGGCGAUACCGAUGUGAAUUUACAAUUCAUCGGAACAGACGUGCGCCUCGCAUGACGUCAUACGUGUCGCUGGCGUCAAAUCCUUUAAGAGAGCAUUUCGGAACCGCCCGCUUUCAUUAAUCACGGCUUCGCUUUCCGGGAACACAUUGAGUGCGUAUUUCAGUCUUUCAGUUCUCUCCGGUCACUGCGUGAACGGUACCAGUCCUUUUUUGGCUAUGGGCUUUGCCGGCUCGAGCGCAGAUGGCCGUGAAGGAACCAGCUCUCAGUACCAUUUCGUGAACCACGUCGCGUCGAUGAACAGCGUGAACUUCUUGUGCUUCGCGACCGCGGAGUGCUACAGCGCGCUGAAGAAGCGUUCCGCCCUGGCUGCAGCCACUCUGGACACCGUCGAGAAGUGUGCCUCGCACGCCUACGCCCGUCUCGGGAAGCCCGCCGUGGAACAGCUCUCCGGGCCACUUCAGGCCGCCGACCACCUCGCCUGCAAGGUCCUGAACAAGCUCGAGAACAGCUAUCCGGUGAUGAGCAAGACGCCACACGAGAUCGUCGCCGAUGCCCGCGACCUUGGCAAACGCAAGUACAGCGACGGACAGGGGUACGCCCAGGAAAAGAUCGAAGUCUGCCGAGACCUGUUGGACCGUGCCUUCAAUGCUGCCUGCCAUCCCGUGGACACCGCCGUCUCCAUCGCGCGCUGCGCUCACGCCAUUGUAUGGCACCAACUGGCAGUUGCCCAAUCGGGCUGCGAUGAGGUCAUCAAAAGCAUAGAACCAGACGCGGCCCCGGAGGACGAUCCGCGCAACUACACGUUGCCCCGCCUCCUCGCCGUAAGCUGGAAGGCCUCUGUCUGCCUCUCCCACUACGUCAACGCCGAGCGCCAACGGUGCAGGAAGCUCAUCGAAGAGACCUUCGCGGCAGCCACGCGCAUUCUCGAAAGGCCCGCCGAGCCCCUUCCCGAGCCCACGACUGCGAGCGAGCAUGCCGGAUCCGCGUUCCAUCACGUGAUCAAGCUCUGCAGCGAGCUUCGGCGGGCGUACGUCGACGCCUUCGUGCUACUCUACCGUACGGCGUGGUCCUCGCUCUCCGCACCGUUCUCCCGCACGGAACCCAUUAACCUCGAAUUACUCUAUGAUGGCGAACCAUCGAGCUCCGAAAUCAUAACGUCACCUCAUCGACACACCAUCGAUGCAGACUAUGGUGGUAUGGACGAUUCGGAAGAUAGCUCUGAAGGUGACCGCGACGUAUACUAUUAGACUUAAGAAUUACGUCCUUGUGUUCAGUUUUACAGCCAAUAAAUCUUUCUUUCAGUGUUCCACA